AGAUAAGGACGCUGUAAGGCGAAAACAUGCCAUAAUGCAAAGAACAAAGGUCUACAAGAAGGUGGCCCCGAACAACAAGAUCGUGCUGUACGUGGAGAACCGUGAGGUGGUCAUCAACGGGAGUAGCCCGCCGGUGAUCCGCGGGGUGGUGAUAGCCGACUCCGAGUACCUGCAGAGUCACAGCCUGUACGGACAGCUGGUGCUGGUGUUCCGCUACGGACGUGAGGACGAGGAGGUGAUGGGGCUGACGUUCUCCAACAUCAUCAUCCUGCAGACGCAGCAGCUGCACCCGAUGAAGGAGUCCCCUCAGACGGACGGGCCGCCGCGAUCCACACUGCAGAAGACGAUCGAGCGUCAUCUGUCUGCCUGCGGCGUAGCGCACGCGUUCCAGUUCCAGGUCUCCUCGUGCGCGCCGCCCUCAGUCUCGCUGUACCCGGCCAAAUCGUACACCGGCGCGCCGCUCGGAACAUCCUACGAGGUGCACUUCUUCGCAGGCAAGGCGCAGUCGGAGAAGCCGCUGCGGCGCGCCUCCGUGCGCAUGACGGUGCGGCUGUGCCAGCUGCCGCCGCCCUCCUGCGGCCCGGCGCCGCGCAACGCCGUGCUGAAGCAGUUCCUGCUGAGCGGCGGCCGCGUCCACCUCGAGGUCUCCCUCCAGAAGGAAGUGUUCGUGCAGGAGCAGAGCAUCGCCUUCCGAGUGUUCGUCAACAACGGCUGCAAGAGGACCGUCCGGAAAAUCAAGGCGGAGGUCGUUCAGGCAGUGGACGUCGCCAUGUUCAAGUCCGGCAAGUUCAAGUCGGUGGUGGCCUCCGUGGAGACUACUGAGGGCUGUCCGGUGGUCACCGACGCCACCCUGGUGCGCGACUUCGAGCUGGAGCCGCGCGUCGGCUCCUUCAAGAACUGGAUCGCGCUGGAGGACAGCCCGGAGCGCGGCGGCCGCCUAUCGCCCUCGGUGGUUGAGAGCGCCGUCGACUGGAGUAACUUCGCCGUGCACGUCUCCUACUACGUCAAGGUGAAGCUGCUGCUGUCGGGCGUCGGAGGCGGCGUCAGCGUGCGCGUGCCCUUCAUCAGCGUCCGGGAGACGGCUGCCGAGCCGGAGACGGAGGCGGCCGAGAAGGCGCCCGACAAGGCGCCGCCGCCGGCCGCCGACUCAAACGGCGACACCCAGGAGAUUGUGGCCGCAGACGUGCACGCGACGAAGGCGGAGGAUGCUGCGGACGCAGGGCACGAGCCGGCGCAGAACAAUAACGUGCAGUUGGACGAGAACGGAAAGGUGUUUGUGCGGCAGGAGAGCUGUGCGCGGAGCAGUGACGUGUAGUGAGGGGGAGAUGCGAGGGAGAUGACAUACCGCGCGGCGGCGAGGACGCUGGGGACGCUGGACAGUGCUCGCGGUUGGACGCGAAGGAGUGCUGUGGACGUAACCACGAUUCGUGUGCGCCCACGUGCGUUUGCGUGCAUUUGAGUGCGUCCACGUAUUUCACGUGCUUACCGAGUGACAGUAGUCGUUGUCUGCCACGUCUGUUGGACGUGACAAGCUGUCGAUCUCCCUCGCCCGACCGCCUCCGCCUAAAUGCUGUCCGCCUGACCGUCUCGGGCGGGCCGUCUCUGGUCGCAGGGAAUGAGUGUACCUAUACGGGAACGCAGAACAGCUCAAAGGACUAGGCCCAGGGAUGAAAAGCAAUUAGUGUAAACAAUGCGAGGUCAUCCGAUCUGCCGGACAGUGGAUGGUCACCGUCAGGUUGUGAAGGCGUGCAUAAGUUGUUGAAACUUGAUAGUUGUGUUGCGUGAGAAUUCAUCUUCCUGAAAUGCGCUUACUUUCCACCGCAUUGCACACUAAGCGUAAAGUACAGGUUUAAUUAUCUAUGCGUAGGUUCCUACAAUAGUUUCUUUCCGCGAAGUCGAAUUUGGCACCGUCUUGGAUCUCGAAUUAGGGACCGUGGCCUGGGGUGCCAGAGGUUUUUAAGUUACGUAUCAUCACCCAUUUAACCGUUAACUUCAUGUUGUUUUGCUAUUUGUAACACUUCUUACCAAACCAUUGAUCAAAUAAUAAUUAUACAUGCUUAUAUGACGCGAAUUAAGGCUGGGCUACGCUACUGACAAUAUGAAAUGUGCUGACCACCUUCCUUCUGUUUACGUGUCUCCGUUUCGCUAAACAUUCUUUGUUUUGACUGCGCGCACCAGAAACUAUUUUUAUACUUGCAGAGACUAGGGUAGGUAUGUACUCAUGAAUGUAUGUGUGUUCCGCCUCUCACUCUGGUCAGAUUACUAGCAGGACUGACCGGGCUGUUGUUCACUAUUCCGAAAAAAAAACGUUCGUGUGUGAGUGCGAUCGGCGCGCGAUUCCCGCGUCUGGAGCGUCUGUAUGAGCUGUCCAGAAGCACACCCAUGUCGCCAUAUCAUUCGGCACCAUUCAGUGAAUGUUUGAUGUCUGCAAUAUUAAUACAUUUUUGCACUACCGCUGAGAAA